AUGACUUGUUGGAUAACCGCUUACGCUUCUCUGGAGAGAUGUUACUGUAUAGUGGCACCACUUCAUGUCAAGACAAUGAUUACACCAAGAAGGACUUUCGUAGCUUUAGCUGGACUGUACGCUGUGGGCAUUAACACCAGCUUCCCACUGUUCUACACGGGAACUGUGUUUCUGGAAUGGAAAACAGAUUUACUAAUCAACAGAACCGUGCUGGGGAUGGGAAUAAACGACCAUUAUGCAGAUGUGGCCAACGUGACAACGGUGUUAUUAGCUGUUCUGUUCUUUCUCUUUUUCACCAUCAUCGUCGUGACCACCAUUGUUCUAACAGUAGCACUGCAUGAGAAAUCAAAAUGGCGUAAUAGUUUAGGUAACUGUAACACAGAGUCGUCGAAAAGUCUGGCCAAAAGGGACACAACUAUCAUUAAAACCAUCGUUUUAUUGUCCCUAGUACUUAUUGUGAGUUACCUUCCUUACAUGAUCAACUGCUUGCUGGUAGCUUUUCUCAAAGGUUUUGAGUUAUACGGCAAAUACUAUAAUCUUUACCAGAUUAUGUGGUCAGUUUCAUGGCUGUUUGAGACAUUGAACUCUUCCACCAGUUUAUUUGUGUAUUACAUUACGAGCUCUAAAUACAGAGAGACUUUCUGGCAAAUUUUUGCUAACAUUCGUUCUAUACCAGGGAAACAACAGAAACUUCAGAAUAAUUCAAACUAA